AUGAGUUCUCAGGAUUAUAGUGAUCUGGGCCAUGUCCCUUAUUGGCCUGAGGACACAGAGACUGUUAAUCCAUCAGAUUUAUGGAACACAACUCCAAUUAACAACAGCUUCGAUCCUCAGCAAUUAAACACAACCCCGCCUCCAGAUGAAGUCGAUCAGAGCCAUGCUACAGAUACCUAUGAGUCAUUUAACGAUGCCAUACCCCCAAGACCGGGGAAACGCCUCUCUCUAAUCUCCGUCCGCAUCCUCAACAAAUGGCUAUCAGCUCAUAUGCAUCAUCCAUAUCCCACUGUCGCCGAAGUCGAGUCUCUCACCAGACAAACAGGUCUCAGCAAACAACAAGUUUUGAACUGGUUUGCUAACGCUCGUCGAAGAAAGAAGUUCCAACGACCAGACACAUUAGACUACAGCUCUGCAUCAUCAGAAGCAAGUCCGAGAGACAUCCCACUCCCGAGACCUCCGACGCCUACAAUUCAACAAACUCCAUUUGAGAGAUGGAGAAGCUCACCGCCAGAGGAUGAACCUUUGGGUUUGGAUGCUAUUGCCAGGGCCGUUACCGGCGUGUCGCAUCCUCCGGCGGGAGGAAGCCACGUACAGACCAGGAAUGCACCUUCUGUGACUGGAAGCUGGGCCACAAGCGCCGAGACAUCUGACUCCAGUCGGAGCUCAAACGGACAUAGAUUCGAUGGGUCUAUACGAUCAACUCGGAAUGUCAAUAAAAAACGAAGACGUGCUCGGCGACAUGGCAGAGGAUAUGGUACCAUGCAGCUCUCACAAGAAUGUCAUCGUUUCCAAUGCACUUUUUGCACAGAAUCCUUCAAACUGAAGCGCAACUGGACACGUCACGAAAAAACACAACACCUGUCGCUUGAGCAAUGGGUUUGCACACCUGCUGGUCCCACAAUCCUCAACGAAAGGUCCGAAAAAGUCUGCGUCUACUGUGGUGCUGUAAGCCCCGAGGACACUCAUUUCGAGACGCAUAAUCACCAUCUUUGCCAUAACAGAGAGAAAAGUGAACGGACAUUUUACAGAAAAGACCACCUGAGACAGCACCUUCGACUUGUCCACGGAUCAGAAUUCAGAAAGUGGCCGAUGGAAGAUUGGAAAGUGAAGCACCAAGAUAUCCGUUCACGGUGUGGCUUUUGCGAUAUCAACAUGACGACUUGGUCGGAGAGGGCAAGACACUUGGCUGAACAUUUUAACGAGGGUAUGACGAUAGCUGAUUGGAAGGGAAAUUGGGGGUUUGAUGCGCCCACGCUUGACAUGGUCGAGAAUUCUAUGCCUCCGUACCUUAUUGACUACGAGCGCAAUUCUCCUCUGCCUUUCACGACAUCACAAGGCGCACCUUACAGCUCUACCAGUGCCUUUGAACUUCUCCAGUUAGAACUCGACUACUUCUACUCCAAUUACGUCGAUACAAACCACAACAUACCAAGCGAUGAAACCCUCCACACUGAAGCAUGCUCCGUCAUCUUCGGCGCCGAAAUGUCCUCCUCGACCCCACAAGCGGCAUCCUCCUGGCUGCGCGACCUAAUAAUGGGCACAGAACACAUUACUGCCAAAGCUCGCAUGGCGCCACUGAAAAGCGCGGCGAGAUCACGAUUUACUGAGUUAAGGAUACACAGCAAGAAAGACAUUUUCGACAAGUGCAACCUUGAGGAUUUUCUGAGACGGCAUGUUGAUAUGCUGAAGACGUUGAAUCUUGAGAUUGACGAUGAUGAGUUGCAGAGGGAGGCAUGUUCUAUUGUCAGUCAUAUGAGCGAUGCUUCGCCCAUAUUUACAAAUCUUCUCAUUGCUUUGAUCAACGGUUCGACAAAGUGGUUGGUGCCGUUCAGGCUGCGGACCGGAUUGCCAAUCGUUGAGACUGAGAUCAAUCUGCAAGUAGAUGGCAGAGAGACAGAGAAUCGGGACGCAACUCCACUGGACCUGGAUAUCCUGCAGCAGAUAUUAUCUGAAGAAGCAGAUCGCAAUACCCUUGGUCACCCUACACUCGGUUUCAGUCCCGCCUCUUCCAAUCAAAAGGUGGUUUCGCUCAACGAUGGAAACAUGUACAGGGGCCUCACGCGAGAUCUCACCCGAUAUGUCGCACGUACGAUAUCGCCCUUGAACCCAACAAGUCACGUCCCAACAGACGAAGAGCUGCAAUACCAAGCGCGAUGGAUCAUGUAUGACAGCCAUGAUGUCUGGAACCAAACGCCGGCUGAUAACAUGGCUUGGCUUGAGGAGUUUAAAAAGGAGUCUGGGCUUUUUUGA